AUGGUUCAAAAGCAAGAAGAAAUGAUUGACUGUGGUCUCAGUGGUGACAAAGGAGGAGCGUUAACAGUGUCACCCCAGGAAAAAGGAAGGAAAAACAAGAGAAAGUUAGGUGAUCCUUCUCAACAUAAUGUUGCUUCUCUGACUGAAUUCCCUCGAUAUGAGUUGCCUUCGCUGAAAACUCAGAACCAUUUGAGCGGCAUUGGGUUGAUUGGGGAAGUUUCUAAUCAGCUGAAAGUUGAAGAGGCUGAAUGUGUAGAAUGGGAUGACCCAUUUGCCUGUCGUCUUGAAGAAUUGCUGUCAUCAAAUUUGCUCACGCUCUUCCUUAAUGCAAUGAAGCAACUUAUUGAUUGUGGCUACACCGAUGAUGAUAUUCUGAAAGCUAUGUCAGGCAGUAGGCUCUACUGUGGAGGCAAUGAGCUUCUCUCAAACAUUGUCGAUAACACCUUGAGUGUUCUCAAGACUGGAGACGAAGGUGCUGAUUCAAGAGAUUAUGUUUUUGAGGAUUUACAACAGCUUGUCUCGUAUACAUUGGUAGAAAUGAUAAGUCUUGUUAAGGAGGUCAGGCCGUCCCUAUCAACAGUUGAAGCCAUGUGGCGGCUUUUGAUGUGUGACUUGAAUGUCUUGCAAGCAUUUGAUGUUGAAUCGUCUGAUUCUCCUGGUUUCAGCUCUAGUAAAUCAUCUGAAUCUCAUGCUGCUGAAUGUAAUCCUCCAAACUCGAGUGACCCAGAUAACCCCAAGCCUCCAAAAACCAAUGCGCAAAGCAAGAAGAGUGAGCCAGUCAAAUUUGGUAACUUCCCAAAUGUACCGCACUGCAAACAUGCUCAUCAUCCUUGUGGAACAACAUCAGGAAAACAAGUAUCUUCAGGUAGCACUGUUUCUGGUGCAGGCAUGAAAAGUACAUCCUUUACUCUAGUCUCUGAUGAAAAAUUGGUGUCUUGUCGAAAAGGCCGCACUAAAAAGGAAAUUGCCAUGCUUCGGCAGAAAUCAUGUGUGGAGAAGAUUAGGACUUACAGCAAAGGCAGUGGCUAUAAGGCGGCAAAGUUUGCAUCAGUCGGCAGUUUCCUUCUAGAGAAAAGAGUCAAAUCAUCUUCUGAAAUGGUGGCAAGAAAUUGUUCAUCAAAGAUAACAGCAGAGAUUGGGGUGAAAGUUUCAGUAGAGGAAAGCAGCUGUUUCGUACGCAAGACCACUAGUAAGUUAGAGUCACCUGUGGUGGUGGUAGAUGCGAAGGGGUAUAUAACUGCCUUACCUGCUAUGUCUGCAACUUCGGUAUCAAAAGCGUCAAAAAAAAAGUCUGGCUCUGAGUCUGCUACUCAUGCACCAUCAGCUUCAGAAAAGAAGUCUGGCUCUUCAGUACCAUCAGUUUCAGAAAAGAAGUCUGGUUCUUCGGUACCAUUAGCUUCAGAAAGGAAGUCUGGUCCUGAGACUGAAGAAAAGGCGCCUGCGUCUGCAACGCUACCACCAGAUUACUACGCUGGGAUCCCGUUUGAUGCAUCUCUGGGGACAUAUGUUCCCCGGGAUAAAAAGGAUGAAUUGAUUCUAAAGCUUGCUCCUCGAGUUAAUAGCUUGCAGAAUGAACUGCAGGUAUGGACUGACUGGGCUAAUCAGAAAGUAAAAGAAGCAACUGUCAGGCUUCUUAAGGACCAACCAGAGCUUAAGGCACUAAGGAAAGAGCGAGAAGAAGCAGAACAGAACAAAAAGGAGAAGAAAUUACUGGAAGAAAACACUAUGAAGAGGCAGUCUGAGACGCAGUUGGCGAUGAGGAAUGCGACCAGCCAGUUUGAAAAAGCUAACAGUACUGCUCGCAGGCUUGAGCUAGAACAAAUUUUACUGAAGAAAGAGAUGGAAGCUGCUAAGCUAAGAGCUGCUGAGGCUGCUGAGAUUUAUAGGGAGGCAAAAGAGAGAGGGCAACGAUCAUUGAAGGAUACUCAGACGUGGGAAGGGCAAAGAAUUCUGUUGCAGGAAGAGCUCAAGAGUCAAAGAGACAAGGUGACAGUGCUGCAGAAAGAAGUUACCAAAGCGAAAAAUCGCCAAAAUCAAAUUGAGGUUAGUUUGAAACAAGAAAAGACAGCGAAAGGGAAAGUCGUAGCUCAGGCUUGCGCAAUAAAGAAAGAAAGAAAGGAAGUUGAAGCACUUGGAAAAGCAGAAGAAGAGCGGAUCAAAGCGAAAGCAGAAACGGACGUGAAUUACUACAUAGAGAACAACAAAAGACUUGAAAGAGAGAUCGCAGAGCUGAAACUGAAAUCAGAGUACUCGAGAAUAGUGGCACUGAAGAAAGGAGGCAAUGACUCAAAGGCAACAAAGAGAGAGAAUUAUGGGAUGACGAAAGUGAAGAGAGAAAGAGAAUGUGUCAUGUGUUUGUCUGAAGAGAUGAGUGUGAUAUUCCUGCCAUGCGCUCACCAAGUUCUUUGCUUUAAAUGCAAUCAGCUUCAUGAGAAAGAAGGAAUGAUGGAUUGUCCGUCUUGUCGUGGGACAAUCCAAAGGAGGAUUCAAGCUCGUUUCUCUCGCACUGGGUAA